AUGGAGGCUAGAGCUUUGGAACACGAGCGUCGUCUCGCCGAAUCGCAUGGCCAAGAAGCACUCAAACAUGCCAUUGCCGCCGCCGAGAUUUACAUGCGCGCGGCCGAGAAAGCCGCCAACCCCAAAGAUCGCAACCGCCUACAGCGCAAAUGUAGCGACCUCAUAGCCCUUGGUGAACGCCUCAAAGCCAAUGCCAAAUCCGCCACCACUUCUGCCCGCCCACCCGUGCCCGAAUCGACACGGACCCUGACCAUUGCCGAGAAAACUCUUAUUCUGAAGUCGUCCAAGUUGCAUGGCAAUAUCUUCCCACCAUGGGAGAAGACGCCAGGUCCGGAUGAGUUUGCCACUUCAAAGGCACCUGAUGGGUGCUAUACGGACCAUUCGCCGUUCACCCUCUCUCCUGAGCAACAAGAUAUAUUUGCCGGUUGGAAGAGACCGCAUGAGAUUUUCGUGCAUGUGCCGGAACGGGGGUCAGAUAUCUUCAUGACUGCUGCGGAAAGCAUUGACCUCGGUCAGGAUUUGGCAACCGACUGUUCGGUUGUAGCAAGCUUGUGUGCUGCUAUCCGGCAAUUCGGCCCAAGAACAGGCUCGUUGCUUUCCUCACUCAUGUACCCUUAUGACGAGGACGCUAAACGGCCAGCCGUCUCACAAAACGGCAAGUACAUCUUCCGCAUGUACUUCAAUGGAUGUUGGCGCAAGGUGCUCAUAGACGACCGUCUCCCGACCUCUUCCUCCGAGCGCACGCUUUAUGUGGUGGACCGGCGCAAUCAUCAUCUCAUCUGGCCGGCACUGAUCGAGAAAGCCUAUUUGAAGAUUCGAGGCGGCUAUGACUUUCCCGGAAGCAACUCUGGAACAGACUUGCACGCUCUUACCGGUUGGAUUCCGGAGCAAAUCUUUCUUCAAAACGAUGAUAUUGAACUGAACGAGACAUGGAACCGGAUCAAGUCAGCGUACGAUCAGGGCAAUGCGCUAGUGACUCUCGGUACCGGAAAACUCUCUCGUGAAGAAGAGCAAACUCUCGGCCUGGUCAGAGAGCACGACUACGCAGUACUUGACUUGAGGAAUGACGGCAACAACCGUCUUUUUCUAGUGAAGAACCCAUGGCGCGACAGCUUGGUUUGGACCGGCGUAGGAUCAACUGCUACUCUAAGCACCGACAGAAGUGAAACCCCUGAAGAGAGCAUGUCCAACACCUUCUGGAUGACCUUUGAGGAUGUCCUCCAACACUUCGACUCACUCUACGUCAACUGGAGUCCCUCCCUCUUCCGAUUCCGUCAAGACUACCAUUUCACAUGGACGAUCCCUCCCAAAGCCGAAGAGCUUGUCUUCACCCAAAACCCACAAUACAGCGUUCUCUCCCCCACGGGCAGCCCAGUCUGGGUCCUCCUCAACCGACACUGGCAAGACUCGGAACUCGACAUCCUCCGCGAACGCAAGCAAGAACACGGCUUCCACCAGCCGCUAAAAUCCCUCGGCUACAUGUCCCUCUCCCUCUUCACCUCCCACCCACCCGGCACGCGCAUCCCCCUUUCCGAAGGCUCCCACCAUGCGCUACACCAGGGCCCCUACGUCGACAGCCCCAACACCCUCCUCCGCUACUCUCCGACCCCGGGUGUCGCCCAAACCCUGGUCAUCGCUCAAUCCGACCUACCGCUCCCCUCUUACUCCUUCACCUUAUCCUUCUUCUCCAACUCGCCCCUUACAAUCUCCCCAGCCUCCGACCCGCUUCCCUACAACGAAACGAUAACAGGCGCCUGGACCCGCCGCACGGCCGGCGGCUCGACUGUCUACCCAUCCUAUGUGACCAACCCGCAAUACGCCCUCACCCUCACCCGCCCUUCUCCUCUGUCUCUGGUCCUCAGCACCGAGCGAGCGGAUAACCUCCCCGUGCACAUCGCCGUUCUUUACUCCAACGGCGGACAACGCGUCACGGCCGUUGUGGGAAGGGAUCUGAUUUGUUCGAGCGCUGAGUAUCAGAGGGGGUGCACUUUUGCUUCUACGCUGCCUUCUUCUAACACCAGUGCCAACACCAACACCAACACCUCAUCUACGACGUCCAGUUCCAAUCACGGCGGACUCAUAGACCCGGGCACCUACACCAUCGUCCUCUCCACCUACGAACCCGGCCAAACAGGCCGGUACUCCCUCCGCGUCAGCGCCGCUUGUCCUUUUACCAUCAACCCGAUCUUAUCCGAUGCCGCAGGCCGACUUCGCACGCCCGCUCCCCCCCUCCCUACCACUUCUGGUCACAACAACGGCAACAGCACCAACGGUGAAGCACGGGUCGUCCGCGCGCGGGUCGAUGUCAUAAGGUUAACGAGGGCUAGCGUGCUAGCUAGAUCAGUAAAGACACAAUCCACAACAAUGGUUCGCGUAGCCCUCGAACUAGGCACCAUCGAGGGUCGAAAGCGAGUUUUAGUCAGUACCGCUUCGGGAGGUGGCGGGGAGCUAGCAGCUAGUUUGAGUUCUCUCAGUCUUUCAGACAGACUCGGAGGGAUCGGAGGUGGACAUGAUGGGCAUGGAACAGAAGGAUCGGAAGGGUAUACCACCAAGGGGGAAUUCGCAGAUGCCAGUCUGGGUUUAAGAACCAGAGAGGUGGAUUUGGAUCCGGAUGUGAUUAGGAGUUAUGGGGGGUUGUGGUUGGUUGUUGAGCAGAUUGGUGGUGGUGGUGGUGGUGGUGGUGGGAAUCAAGGUCAAAUAACUGAGGAAGGAGAAGGAGGAGGAGUGCAUGUGGAGGUGUUGAGUGAUGGGGUGGUGAAUAUUGGGGCUUGGGAGGUUGCGGAUGAGGAUUGA